AUGUUGCAGGGUUGUGGGACGUGGCCAGGGAGCAGCAGCAGCAACACAGGUCGUCAACAUGGUCUAGCUCCUCAUCCCCCGUCACCUCACCGACCUAGAAUCACCUGGGCAUCACCACCACCUCGUUAUCACAGGUCAAGGAGGAACUCAGAUUCCACGACCUCCCUUGGCUCCUCCGUGAGCGAUCUCGCUGAUGAUCGCCAGCCCAUCACCAUCUCCCAAGGCGAGGAGAGCGAUGAUGGCGUUCGCUCCACCAACUCCGCCGCCGAGUGCGACAGAGAGGACGCCGACGAGGAUGACGGGGCCAUCGGGUUCCUGAGGGAGAGUCCCAGCAAAAGGCCGCCCUCAGCAUACAGGUUAGAGCCGCGGCUGCCGUCUGUGAGUGUGGUGGGCGGUGGGGGCGGGACCUGGAGCCCUCGUAGUGACACUACCACCCUCACACCUGCCUCCACACCUCGCCUCCAGCGCCGGCGCACGCCCACGCCUUCACACACGCCCACAUCAGCACCCAGGACACCGGUGAGACGCCGCCUUCCCACACACAGGAGGGUGUCCAGCGCCCGGCCCGCCGCCACCACCUCGCCUGUGGCCAAGCUCUCGUAUACAGGCAGUUUGGAUGAAAUUGCCGGGGCACGUGGUGACGGGUCGGGUCUGGGCCUGUGUGUGGGCCCGAGCAGCCUAGAGCUGCCUAGGCCCCAGAGUGCUGCUUCAUGCCUGGCCUCCUACUGCACCCCAUACAGGGUCUCCAGGCCUUCCUCAGGACUCGCCAGAGCACAGUCCCUUCGGCGUCCAGGGUCGUCCACAUCAGGAGUCAGUUACCGUGGUAGUGGGGGCGCCUGGAGCCCGCGCCUCCUGCCCCAGCACCGUUCGCUCAGCACUGUGUCUCUGGCUGACUCACAGAUCCUGGCCAAGUUCAUGGAUGGCCUUGAGAACACAGAGGUGCCGGCCAGGGACCUGCGUAUCCUGGAGCUGUUGGCCAUGAAGCACGAGAAGCUGUACGCCGAGGAGCAACGCUCACACAUGGCCCACCGAGCCUGGCUUCUGCAGAAGGAGAAGGACCAGCAGGAAGCUACAGCACAGUGGUCUGAGUGGCGGUCGCAGGUGAACGAGAAGCGCCGCCAGGAGAACGAAGAGAACCUUCGUCGGUGGCGACGGACGGAAGAGGUGUAUUUGCAGAGCCAGGAGAACCUGUCUCAACUCAUCUCGAGCAAGGAGCGCCGCGCCAAAGAGUUCCUCAGCGAACAGUACCAGGCCAGGAUGCGUCGGUUGGAGGAGAGACGAGCCUUGGAGUCAGCCAGAAAGUCAGUACAGGAGGCAGCUCUGAAGGUGAAGGAAGAGGGUGAGGAACGCAAGAGGCAGCAGCUGAUCAAGUUGUGGGAGCAGCAGCAGCAGCUGGUCGAGCAGAGAAGGAGGGAGCGAGAAGAAUUCUUCAGAAAGCGUGUGGAGGAGAGCAACUGGGCGGAGGUGGAGCAGCAGCAGGAGAGGAGGAAGCAGGUGGAGGCUCGGGGCGAGGCACUACUGGAGGCCAUGAAGAUCAACAUGGAGGAGAAGUUAGCCAGGGCCGACAAGAACCUCCGGAUGCUGAAUGACGUGAAGGAGGACACCCUCAGGAGACAGAGAGACGAGCGUGAGCGGCGGGCAAUGGCGGUGCGGGCUCUGCACCACCAGCUGGAGGCGGCCAUGAUGCAGUGGCGCCAACACGUCCUCCGCCACCAGAUGGACGCCAUGGCUGCGGCCGAAACCCGCCAGGAGCUCUACCUUAACACCCGCUCCUCCCGCAUCCAUGCUGACCGCACCUCGCGCUCACACCACCACCACCACCUCCUGCAGCAGGUGCUGGCGCGGGAGGAGGCGGAGCUGCAGCUGGCCAAGAAGAACCUGGAGGCCAAAGACCAGCGCUCGCUAGGGGUGUGGCGGGAAAGGGAACGGCAGGUGUGCAGGGCGCGCUCCACGGCCCUCACCACCGCUGCCCUCAGAGAGAACCUCAGGAAAAAGUUGUCGCCCGAGACGUUCGACAAAGUGGUGGCGCGCGCCAAUUUGGAACUUCGCAUUGAGAACCGUCCACCAGCGACAUCCUCCUUGGGCACCCGCUCUCACAUUUUCUUAGGUUGAACCCUCUGAGCUAUAUAUUACCUCGGUGGUUGAGCCCCUUCGUUGUUCCGCGCCCUCACUUAACAACCAAGGGGGUUGAACACGGUGUUCGUACGUACGAACACCGUGUUCGUACGUAUCCUCGGUGGAACCCUCGCCAAUAUUGGUUAAUCAAUUCCUUCAAGAAUUCACGUUAUUAUCUAUUUUUUGCUUUCCCAUAAGCGAGCUUCCUUGCUUGACAUCCCCCGACUGUCAUGGCCCCUGGUACAACAACAACAGCUGAAGACAAAAAGGCAAAAUUUCUAAAUAAUGACCUUAGAAUUAGGGUUUUAACAAAUUUUCUAAUCAUAUAAUAACAGAUUUCACUACUAUACACUCACUGUGUGAAGGAUUAAGUAUAUCACCAAAACUUCAGCUACUCGAACUUCAUGACUGAGUUACAGAACC